AUGCAGACUUCAAUAUUAAGCAGCCAGAUGAACCAUCUAAGACAGAGGGCCAGCACAUGGAAUAAAUGUAGGACUCAGCCCAACCCACAGGGAGGAAUAUGUAAGUUAACAGAAAGCCAAGGUGAAACAGUAGAAGUGAACAACUGGUACUAUACAGAAGCAGGUGAGGACUGGGACGAACCCUUUAAGAGCUAUAUUGCAAGGCUGAGCAAGACAAUCUGCAUUUGGAUAGAGAUCUGGAUAAGUACCUUAGAAUGGCAGCAGGUCUCAAACGUGCGGAGGUUAAAGGAAAAAUGUACGUACUCGGAAUUCCAGGAUGCCCUGACCAGCAACAGAGGAGUAGAACGAUGUGGAAUAAAUAAAGACAAAUCGCAAUGGCUGGACUUAAACACGUACACUACAUUAUAUCCCCGACAAGUUCGUCAUAAGGACCUGCAGAUGUGUAUGGAGACAGUUAGAUUGAUAUUGAAGGCUUUAGGAAUUAAAAGAGGACACAGAACAACGGACGUCGAAAUACCAGCAACGGAACAAUCAUGUGAGAAGAUCUACGAAGAGUUAAAGAAGUGGGCAGGAGACAACUUCGCAAAGGAGCUAAUGGGAACCUGGUUUACCACAGAGGACUGGCCCCAGACGUCACAGCCAAGUAUCCCCCUGCCUGGGACCGAUAUAUUUGAAAUGAUAACUGAAAGAGUAAUGGGCGCCUACGGAGGGAUAAAAGAUCUAGUUUGUGAAUACGAAGGCGGAAAAGCUAAGACUAAGAAAGUAGAUCCAGGGAUAGUGGGCCCCCAAGAAUCCGGGGCGGAGCAAGUAAUAACAGGGAAGCCAUCAGAAGCAAGUUCCAGCACCAAAGUAGAAACAGGAGAAGAGAGGCUGACGAGGAUGAUAGAGGAGAUCUCUAAGGCGGCCGUCUUAGCUAAGGAAGGGGAACCCCUAAAGGACAUCUCGGGAGAUGCCUCUAGCCGAGGUAACAAAGUGGGGGGCGUAGUGGGAGGGAGUAUAGUGGCAAUAUUACUAGGCUCAGUCAGUAUAUAUGGAUUGAAGAAGAUAUUCCGUCCGUCAAGGAAUAGAGCUAACCUCCAGGUGCGACCAAAUAAGUCAAAAAGAGGAGUAUUCUAUAGAUGA